GCGCGUGCGCCGACCUGGAGUGGGAAAGAUGGUGGCCAGCGCCAGAGUGCAGAAGCUCCUCCGACGGUAUAAACUAGCCAUAGCUGCCGCCUUAACCAUUCUCUUGGUUCAGGGGCUUGUAGUAUGGAGUCUGAGAAGUCUGGAAGAGGGAGAGACCGAGAGAAAAACACGGCGGUCUAAGCUACCUGACCACAGUAACCAGGAUUCCAAGAGAGACGUUGCACUUUGGGAGCGACAGAAUUCUUUGUCUGGGAGGAACAGGGGCAGAUGGAACUCCAGGCUGGAGAGAACAGGGGGCACAGCAGCCAGCGCUUUGAGGAGAGGGUCCAGUCGCAGAGGAGGAAAGGCCAGCAUCAAGCUCAAGACUCCCCAGGAACAAGGAAUGACUGGGGCCGGGGGUGACGGUGUUAUAUCCCAUGAUCUCUCUAGUAGCCGCAACUUCAGCAACAACCAAGGUGGCGCAGACAAGCCUGUCAAGCUACCUCCUGCAGCAAUACCAGGCGAGCCAGGAAGUGUGGACGGAGCACAUCAAGCAUCCAGCAGUGACUUUGUGCCAAAAUGUGAUAUUGUAGGUAAAGACGCACUGUCUGCCCUCCAUCGUGCCGUGUCACAGCAGUGCCGACAGGAGAUUGCCAACAUCGUGUGCCAGCAUCAGGCAGGGCAGCUCAUGCCAGAUACACUUCCUCAGUUCUGCCCACAGCUUGGUGUGUCAAAUUUGGUUCAAGUUGGAGAUGAACUUGAUAACAGCCUGUCCAAAGUGGAGAACCCCGUCAGGGUGGCUUUUGUGCUGAUGGUUCACGGCCGUGCUGUGCGGCAGCUCAAACGCCUCAUCAAAGCCAUAUACCAUCGUGACCACUACUAUUACAUUCAUGUGGACAAGAGGUCAGGUUACAUGCAUCGGGAGGUCCUGCAGAUGGGCAAGCAGUACCCAAAUGUACGUGCAACACCAUGGCGCAUGGUCACUAUUUGGGGUGGUGCCAGUUUACUGAAGGCCUACCUACGCACCAUGCAAGAUUUGCUGGCCAUGCUGGAUUGGAAGUGGGAUUUUUUUAUUAACCUCAGUGCCACAGACUUUCCAACAAGGACCAAUGACGAACUGGUGGCUUUCCUGUCAAAGCACAGAGAUAAGAACUUCCUCAAGUCCCAUGGAAGAGAGAAUGCUAGGUUUAUUAAGAAACAGGGCCUCGAUCGUCUCUUCCACGAGUGUGACAACCACAUGUGGCGCCUCGGCGAGCGCAGCAUCCCAGAAGGCCUGGAGGUGUCAGGUGGCUCUGAUUGGUUUGCCCUCACCCGCCGUUUUGUAGACUACGUCAUCAACUCCCAAGAUAACCUGGUGUCGGGGCUGAAGCAGUUCUAUUCCUACGCUCUGCUCCCUGCUGAGUCCUUCUUCCACACAGUUUUGGGAAAUAGCCACAUGUGUGACACCCUGGUAGACAAUAACCUGCGAGUCACCAACUGGAAUCGGAAACUGGGCUGCAAGUGCCAGUACAAGCACAUUGUCGACUGGUGUGGCUGUUCACCCAAUGAUUUCAAACCUCAAGAUCUCAUUCGAAUCCAGCAGCUAACCCGUCCGACAUUCUUUGCUCGUAAGUUUGAGUCGACUGUGAAUCAGGAGGCCAUUGACAUCUUGGACACUCACCUGUAUGGCCAGUAUGCUCCGGGCACAGUUGCCAUCAAGGCAUAUUGGGAAAGCCUGUUUGAGCAUUCGGACGGAGUGGCUUCGCUCAGUGAUGUGGCUCUCACCGCCUACACUGCUUUCAUUCGUCUGGGCCUGAUGAGUCUGAAAACUACUCGGAGCAACAUGGAGGCUUGCAGGUUUGAACCAGUAGGCUACCCCCUAUCAGUCCACUUGUACUUUUAUGAUGACCGUUUCCAAGGUUACCUCGUGCGACAAGAAGUCCAGACUUUUGGUUCGAAGGACAGGGAAAUGUUGGAGGCGUGGAUGGUGCCUCAGGCCACUCUUGUCCUGCAGACAAACUUGAAGGAGUUUGAGAGGCUGAAGAACUUGGAAAUUGGCACAGAGUGGGAUCCCAAGGAAAGAAUAUUCAGAAACUUUGGUGGCGUAAUUGGUCCACUGGAUGAACCGCUGGCAGUACAGAAGUGGGCUCGGGGGCCAAACCUCACUGCCACUCUCGUGUGGAUUGACCCAGCUCUAGUGGUGGCAACAUCAUAUGACAUCACAGUGGACGUGGAUGCAGAGUACACACAUUACAAACCCCCGCUGCAGCGCCCCCUACGGCCUGGCACUUGGACAAUACGGGUGUUAAAACAAUGGGUGCAAGUGGCAGAAGUUCGAUUCCUUGUCAUGCCCUUAACUUUCAAAGACAAACAACCACUACAGAAAGACGAGGACAGCUGGCUCCACGCGGGUCCACCAGGUAACUUGUACCUGGAGCAGAGCUUUCAGCAGCUGAGCUCAGUGCUGAAGCUGCCUCCGCAGGAGCCUGCCAUGCAAGAAGCACAGCGCAAUGCCCAUCUAGUAGGUCAGUCCCUUGACAAGUGGGUGGACAGCAGCGUGAAGAAUUUCUGGGUAAUGGGUGACCUGUGUGCCAUACGGACUACCUCCUGCCCUGCUCUGAAGUUAUGCACAAAGACCUCCUGGAGCUCCUUGUCCCCAGACCCCAAAUCUGAACUGGGACAAGUCAAAAGUGAUGGGCGGAUCAGGUAGCCCCUUGAGAAGAAAAACUUUUAUAGCACAUGCACAGCAAUCAGGUGUGAGCUCCAAGCGGACGUGUGGACAGACUUGGAGCCCAAAUGCACAUAGAUGAUGAGAAAUCUUCAAACACUGAAAAGUGCAGAUGUGUUCUCUUGUGCUCAUAAGGACUCCAGGAAGGAGGGUUUCAGGAAAGCUGCACAUAUAAGAUUACAAGCUGAAAUACUUGUGUGGUUGUUCGUUGAAUGCUACAUGGACACCAGAUGUAGUGUUGCAUUUUGGGAGGGAUUCGCUCCUUUUUUUUUAGCUGGCACUUAGCAAUCAGGGUCUGUUAGGGUCGGACUUUGAAAAGGAACCCUCUGCACAUUUGAACCGUUACUGUGCACAGUUUCAGGUUUUCUAUAUGAUGGAAGAAUCAGGAAGCAGCUGCUUAAUCUCCGCAGUCGGCUCCUUUUUGAGGACGCGUGGAGCCUCUGGUUGAUAUUGUCGUGCUUAUUUUGCAGCACUGCUCAGAAUGCGUUCGCAGCAGACAGAAGUGCACUUUACUGUAAGACUGUAAUGUUACACAGAGGUCACUUUGUUACCGUGUGAGGAGGAGAAGUCUUCACGGUACAAGUCACAUUUCCUGCCUUUAAUUUUACAGUUUGCUGGAACACAGUCCUUCAUGGAGCAAAUCUUCACACUCAUUCACUAUAGCUAAAACACAUCAGUCAGUACUGGAUUUGUAGCCUGAAUUAGGAUGAAAUAAUCUCUUGUGUCAACUGACAUCUGGAUUAAGACUUCAUUUUUUUUAGUUGUUUAAUGACUGUGACAUAUUUUUUAUCAAUUUGUUUUAUGUGGUUGUUCUUUAAACUUGCUGUAAAGUGUUAUUAGUUCUUUGAUGUCCAUCAUCGCAAAAUGGGCCACUCAGUUAUUAGUUUGUUUAAUAAAAAAAAAA